UGUGUUUCGUGCUCCAUUCACAAAUCAAAGACGAGCUUCUUCCUUUCUCCCCGGUACGUGCUACUUCUUCUCUCUAUGGCUGCUACUUCUGCUUCUUCCGCCGCGGCCAUUGCCGUUGCCGCUGCUGCCGCCGCUUGAAUCACAUAAUCUCUCUCUGUCAUCCCUUGCGUCCUAUGAGAUCCCUCCGCCGCCACUCUCGUCGCGUCUACUCCCAUUGUCAGAGAGCUCUCUCUGCCGCUACUCUCAUCCCAUCUGCUCCCUUUGGUGCCUCUUCCAUCUAAUCUCAUCCCGCUUUCUCAGUUCUUCUUGUAACCAUCUCAAAUUUCAGAUACAAGAAGCUUCUAUGUAGUGUGGAUCUUACGAAGGACUUCUUUUUCAGCUACUCAUACAAUGUCAUGUUUAGUAUUCAAAGGAACUUAAAUGAUCAUAAUACAACAGGACAAUCACUUUACGAAACACGGUUUGUUUGGAAUGAGUUUUUGACUCGUGGAGUCAGGAAUAAUCUCCAGAAUGCUUCCUGGACAGGUGCCUUAGUUUAUGGCUUUUUUAAACAGGUGUCACAUCUGGAGAAAAGAGUACUACGAAACAAGAUGAGCGAAUUAGGCAUAGUAAAUGUUUUCAUACAAUGGACCAGUAAACAGAGACGUGCAUAGUUGAAGAACCUAAAAAAAAUUGGUCAUGUCAG